GGGCGUCCUGCCCGCACGUUUCACGCGUGGUGCGCGCAGGUGGCGCCGCGGUCCCUUUGCUCCCCGCGCAAGUCGGCGGGGUGCCCAGAAGGCCACCACUAGCUUCAGCGAAGGUGAGAGGGAAGCUUUCCACCGAAGCGAGGGAGGAGGCCGGGCAGGAAGCGGAGCCAGAGCUGGCAAAGAAAGGCUCCAAUUCCCAGCCCCCCGCCCCGCGGGGCGCGGGGGCGCCGGCAGCGCAUGCGCGAGGCCCGGCCCCCAAAUCCCCCAGCGAGGGAGGGAGGUCCCCGGCGGCCGGGAGCCUGCGAGCCGCGGCGGGACCCGAGCGCACGCAGGGGCGCGGCGACGGCCGGGGCUAGCCGGGCUUCGGAGUUGGACGUCGGGAGUGCGGGGCGCCCCGGGCGAGGGUCCAGUCGCCGGCAGGCACCAGAGGGCACCGCUGGCUCGGCACUGGGAGGGGCCCGGCGCCCGCAGCCCCCCACGCCCAGAGAGGAUGCGGUGCGCCCUGAGAGCCGGGUAGCCUCGGAUAGCGGCGCUACGUACGCGAUGAUGGAUGAGCCGUGGUGGGAAGGGCGCGUCGCCUCGGACGUCCACUGCACCCUGCGCGAGAAGGAACUGAAGCUGCCCACCUUCCGAGCCCACUCCCCACUCCUGAAGAGCCGCCGGUUCUUCGUGGACAUCCUGACCCUGCUGAGCAGCCACUGCCAGCUCUGCCCUGCAGCCCGGCACCUGGCCGUCUACCUGCUGGACCACUUCAUGGAUCGCUACAAUGUCAGCACCUCCAAGCAACUCUACACUGUGGCUGUCUCCUGCCUCCUGCUUGCAAGUAAGUUCGAGGAUCGGGAAGACCAUGUCCCCAAGUUGGAGCAAAUAAACAGCACGAGGAUCCUGAGCAGCCAGAACUUCACCCUCACCAAGAAGGAGCUGCUCAGCACAGAGCUGCUGCUCCUGGAGGCCUUCAGCUGGAACCUCUGCCUGCCCACGCCUGCCCACUUCCUGGACUACUACCUCUUGGCCUCCGUCAGCCAGAAGGACCACCACUGCCACACCUGGCCCACCACCUGCCCCCGCAAGACCAAAGAGUGCCUCAAGGAGUAUGCCCAUUACUUCCUAGAGGUCACCCUGCAAGAUCACGUAUUCUAUAAAUUCCAGCCUUCUGUGGUCGCUGCGGCCUGUGUUGGGGCCUCCAGGAUUUGCCUGCAGCUUUCUCCCUACUGGACCAGAGACCUGCAGCGGAUCUCAAGCUAUUCCCUGGAACACCUCAGCACGUGUAUUGAAAUCCUGCUGGUAGUGUAUGACAACGUCCUCAAGGAUGCCGUAGCCGUCAAGAGCCAGGCCUUGGCGAUGGUGCCCAGCACACCCCCCACCCCUACCCAAGUGCUGUUCCAGCCACCAGCCUACCCGGCCCUCGGCCAGCCAGCGACCACCCUGGCACAGUUCCAGACCCCCGUGCAGGACCUAUGCUUGGCCUAUCGGGACUCCUUGCAGGCCCACCAUUCAGGGAGCCUGCUCUCGGGGAGCACAGGCUCAUCCCUCCACACCCCGUACCCCCCUCUCCAGCCCCUGGAUAUGUGUCCCGUGCCCAUCCCUGCAUCCCUUAGCAUGCAGGUGGCCAUUGCAGCUGAGCCCAGGCACUGCCUCGCCACUACCUACGGAAGCAGCUACUUCAGUGGGAGCCACAUGUUCCCCACUGGCUGCUUUGACAGAUAGGCCACCUCCAGACCUCACGAGGAAGCCUUGGAGAUCUGGGCAGAGGAAGAGGACACUGAAGAGGAGAGCUCAACCAAGUGAGGCAGCAGGAGGCCAUCCCUGAAGAGCCUUGGAAUGUGGAGGGUCUGUGCUCCUUUUAAAUAAACCUGACCCAGAGCAAAACAUUCAAUAACAUACCUCACCCGAGAGCAUUCCUCUGAGAAACAUCUGCCACGUGUGACUGGGGUACAAAAGGAUGGCUUGGUGGCCGUCCCCCCACGCAGGGGCCAGUGAAUCAAGAAAGACUUGGUAAGAGGCCAGGAGAGUGGGAACUGGACACAGACCACUGAUCUCAAGCAUGUCCAGUUUUGAGCAUUAAAGACUUCUCUACUCUUUGCUGAUGGCAGCUACGCCACUGAAAAAGGAGGGGCAGCCUGGCGUGUUCUCAGGAGCCCCGGAGGGUGCCGUAUUGGGUGCUUUUCUUUCCCUGGCUCCGAGCAGAGGGGCCUGAGUUUGUGUGUGUGCCUGAGCAUUUGCCUUGCGAGGCACAGUGGGUGGCUGUCUUGCCUUUGUUUUUGAACCUAAAACCAUUUUCAGCCUUUUAGAUAUUUCAUGUGCUGCUGCUUCCCGAAGUGGUCUCGCUUUCUGUUUCGUAAGAUGUCUUGUUUACACACUGUAUCAGGGAUUUGGUGAUACUUGAAAAUUCCUUUGGAGAAAAAAACAAAUUUAAUUGCCACACUGCCUGUCCCACAUGAGGGCUGUUAAGUUGGAACCCGAGUUUGAACCCAACUUGUGACGGACCGGCAGGUAACCACAGAGCUUCCUUUUCGAAAGCAUAUGGUUGGAGAGAACCGCUUUCCCAGCUCUCAGUUCCAGAAGAUUCCACGUCUUGGAGGCUGUGUUCACCUCUAGAACUUUAAUGACUACCCAGGGAGGGAGAAGCUCGUUGAAAGGAAGACAAAGAUUUAAACAAUUGCCACCUCUCUCCACCACAUACUUACAGUGCAUGAGUUGAACCCAGUCUCGGCUUUGAGUGUGGCUGAUAGCGAAGGAUAGCAAUGUGGAAGAUUUGCUUAGUCCCACUGGAUUUGGGGUGUGGGAUGUACAUGGCAUAUUAUACCACCAUUGAUAGGCAAGUGACUGGUUGGAUCAAAAGCCAGUAUUUAGGGAUCUGCAGUGAGAGGGCUCUCAGGAAGACUCUUGUAACCAUGUGCAAUAUGUUUUUUAUUCUGACUCGCAGCUUGUGCUUUAGCAUCUUCUUUGGUUUAGUUCGGGGUUGGAGGACGCAUCGUUCACCCAUCAAAACUGGGAGAUGCAAAGAACUGUGGAAGCAAUUUUUGUUUUUUUUGAGGAAUACCUGUCUUGGUUUUCUUAGCCCCUUGCCAGUCCUGGAGACUGUGCCUGGGGCCGCCAGGAAGACAGCUGCAUGCUGCUGAGUCAGAUCUGAAGAUGGUGAAUCUUUCCAGAGCAAAUGAAAAUCUUAGCGUGGAGACAGUAAGAAAAGAGACGGGGUGUGGAUAAGACUCUGCCACCGUGUCACACUAGCAUAGGAGACUGCACGUUCGUUUGUUGUUUUUCUUUUUUUCCUUUGCCAACCUCCCUUCUAUUUAUGUGCAAGCAGUUUGGAUUCAAGUUCUUGUGUCUGUCUGUUCUGGGGCCUGGGGAUCAUGAGGGUUCCCUCACAGCCAGCGCGGCACCCAGAAAGAGGUGUCCCACAAUAAACACGUCACCUGCUCUUG